AUGGCCGUCCCAAUUUCUAGAGUCUUCAUCAUGGAACAACGGCCGGUUGCUCCAGAUGUGAGCCGAUCAAAUGACCAAAGAACUCCCCGAAAUCUUGAGGAUUUUUCAUAUGUGGACAAUCAGAAUACUCUGAGAGAUCUGGGUGAUGUGAGUACUCCGGGAAACUUUAGCGAAGCACUGUUCCUUGGUCAGCAGGAGACUCCAAAAGAUUCACAGGAUUUCAUGGACCUGGAUUACGAUGAGGUACCCAUUGGCAUUUUCUACCACAUCCAUCGAACGAGUUUCGGACGUCAUGACGCUAUCUAUCCCGUUGAGAAAGGUUUUCAGUUCCAAGAAAAAGAGCCAAACAAUGAAACUGCUCAUUGUCAUAUCAAGGAGAAUUACUUGCCUGGUGCGGAACUUGAAAACCCAAGGCCUGUGAGCAUGCAACAAGACAAUCCCAAGCAGCGCGGUAUCCCCCCAAAGAGAAUCGUAUACAAAACUGAACAGAUUGCUCAUAUCAAUGAAUAUGCCAUCAAGCAGUUUAUCAAUCACAUCAAUGACGUCGUCAAGAGACGAAAGGCAAAUGGCACACUUGGAAACUCGGCGGAGGAUUUCAAGAAUUUGGCCAAAGAGUUCCUAAAAGUGGAGAAUCCCCAGCAGAUGUUCUCAUGGAAAACCAAAUAUUUCUUCCUGGAUAUUGAUAGUUGA